AUGAACCCUAGCCUUCCCCCCCUCUCGCCGCCGGACACGUCCGCCCCGCGCCGGACGGAUCCCGCCGCCGCCCGCAGCCAACCACGUCGCGCCACGUGGCCUCCUCCGCCAACAGCCGCCGUGCCCCGCCUCCAGGCCCGCCGGGGCCCGAGGCCGGCCCGCCCCAGGCCGCAUCUGGGCCGCGCCCCGGGCGCCCCGCCCGUUCGCCCGCCGCCGCCUCCUCAGGUCCUCGUCGCCCGCGCCCCGUCCCUCGCCGGCGUGCACCGCCGCCGCCCCGCUGGCGCGCCUCCCCGCCGCCAUGCCGAAGCACCGCCAUGCGCCGCCCCGAGCGCGCCCGUGCCCGCUCCGCCUCCCUGUCCCUCCGGUCCCGCCGCCGGCGAGCGGCGCCGCCGCCCCGACCGGAUCCCUCCGUCCCUGUCCGUCGGCGACCACCCUCCUCAGCUCCGGCCGCCAUCCCCGACGUCUCCAGCGAGCAUCUCCAGCCCCGCCUCGGUUCCCGUGCAACCCUAG